AUGAGUUCGUGCAGUAGCAGAGCGCUGACCAUCCUGUCCACGGUGUUUGGGGCGUGUGGUCUGCUGCUGGUGGGCGUGGCUGUGUCUACAGACUACUGGCUGUUGAUGGAGGAGGGCAUCGUGCUGCAGCAGAACCAGAGCAUGGAGGUCAAGAUGGCCCUGCACUCUGGCCUCUGGAGGGUCUGCUUUGUGGCUGGGACAGAGAACGGGAGAUGUGCGUCAGAGUAUUUCACUGAGCCAGAGAUAGAGAUCACCACAGAGAAUACUGCUAAUAUUCUGAAGAUGGUGCGGACAGCCACUCCAUUCCCCAUGGUGUCUCUGCUCUUCGUCUUCACGGCCUUUGUCAUCAGUAACAUCGGACACAUCCGGCCCCAGCGCACCAUCCUGGCCUUCGUCUCCGGGAUCUUCUUCAUCCUCUCAG